AUGACUCUCUCCGAUUCCGCUAUCAUUGUGAUCGUCCUGGUCGGAUGUCUUGCUGUGACAGCACUCGGUGCAGCCCUCUUCCGACACCGCACCCCACUUGAAGAAGAGGCCCGAAGCAUGAACCAAACCCACGAACAAAGCAAAUAUAUGCGCGCAGUACGCAUGAUGAAUUUUGGUCAUCUAAAGAGGGAAUCUUUGAGUGCUGCCAAAGAUAUGGAGUCACGAUACACCUCCGAAGAAGCGUCGAACUAUGGGAACUACUACCCACAACCGCACGAAGCCUCCACUCCUUCCACGAAUAUGGGAUAA